AUGGAUACGCUGAGAUCGAUGGGAGAUAACCUCCUGAAGAGAGACGAGACCACUUCCGGCCCACAAGAACUGUUGAACUUGUUGGCGAACCCUUACCAACAAGCGCUGCUACAAAAUGGUCUGUAUGCUGGUCUCGCCACCUCCGUUGGCUUCACUCUCCUCCUCGCCAUCGGCUUUUCCCUCCUUCGACCCUACAAUUCCGUCGUAUACGCGCCAAAGCUCAAAGUUGCCGAUGACAGACAUGCGCCGCCGCCGAUGGGAAAGGGCAUGUUUGCCUGGGUUGGUCCAGUGCUGGGAACCAAGGAGCAGGACUUGAUACCCCUGAUUGGACUCGAUGCAACAGUCUUCCUAAGGAUUCUGAAGAUGUGCCGAAACAUCUUCUUAACAUUAUCCGUAUUUGGUUGCUGUAUCCUGAUUCCGAUCAACUUGAUCAAAGGGGCUCGUGACAAAUCUUGGACAGCACAGACACUUGUCAGCAAAGUCACACCUAUAAAUACAUCGGGGGAUGUCGUCUGGGGAAUGGUUGUCUGUGCCUGGUUGUUUAAUAUUGUAGUUGCGGGAUACUUAUGGUGGAACUAUAGAGCCAUUCGCAGACUGCGCAGGCAAUACUAUGACAGCCCCGAGUACCAGGCCAGUCUACAUGCCCGGACUCUGAUGUUGAAUGAUAUUCCAAAAGCCCUACGAUCCGACGAGGGCAUUGGAAGAUUGAUAGAUGAGGUUGUGCCAACAUCUUCCUUCUCCCGAACAACUAUUGCGCGAAAUGUGAAAGACCUGCCCGAGCUUAUUGAGCAGCAUAACUCGACGGUUCGAAAGCUCGAAAAACAUUUAGCAAACUACCUCAAAGAUCCCAGCAACCUUCCCGCAAAGCGACCAGAAAUCAAACCCUCGAAGAGAGAUCCGAAUUGGGCCACCUUUCCGAAAGGCCAGAAAUUGGAUGCCAUUACAUACCUCACUGGUCGCAUAAAGGAGAUUGAGAUUGAAAUCAAGGAGGUUCGGAUAGGGGUGGACAGUAGGAACCCUUUGCCAUAUGGCUUUGCUAGUUACGAAGCCAUUGAAGAAGCUCACAGUAUUGCUUUUGCUGCCAAGAAUAAACAUCCGCAAGGCAGUAACAUCGUUUUGUCUCCAAGGCCCAACGACAUCAUUUGGAAGAAUAUGCCACUAAGCAAAUCCACCCGACGACGAAGACGCUUCAUCAACAACAUAUGGUUCCUUUUAUUAACUAUUGUAUGGGUCGCCCCAAAUGCAAUGAUCUCAGUCUUCCUAACUAGUUUGUCGAACCUGGGUCACGUCUGGCCCGCAUUUCAAACCUCGUUAGAAAAACAUACUACCUGGUGGUCAAUCGUCCAAGGUGUUGCUUCACCUGCCAUCACAUCUUUAGUUUACCUGGUCCUUCCUCUUAUCUUCCGUCGUCUUUCCAUAAGAGCUGGAGAUCGAACCAAGACAGCAAGAGAGCGUCAUGUGGCAGCUAAGCUCUACACAUUUUUCGUCUUCAACUUCUUGAUUGUGUUCUCUCUUUUCAGCACAGUAUGGACCUUUGUCUCGACCGUUAUUCAGGACAGUCAAAACGGACAGAAUGCAUGGGAGGCUAUCAAGAAGUAUAAUUUGGGACAAGCCCUAAUUAUUUCGCUUUGCAACAUCUCGCCCUUCUGGAUUACCUGGCUGCUGCAACGAAACCUCGGUGCCGCUGUAGACUUGGCUCAGCUCUGGUCACUUCUUUGGAGUUUUUGUGCUCGGAAGUUCUCGAGUCCAACUCCACGCGAAAUGAUUGAAUUGACGGCUCCUCCUGCAUUCGAAUAUGCGGCUUACUACAAUUACUUCUUGUUCUACAGCACAGUCACCUUGUGCUUUGCCACCAUUCAACCUCUUUGUAUUCCAGCAUGUGCCUUGUAUUUCCUCCUAGAUGUCUGGCUCAAGAAAUAUCUACUCCUAUACGUCUUCAUCACCAAAACCGAGUCGGGCGGCAUGUUCUGGCGCAUGUUCUACAAUCGUAUGGUCUUUGCCACGAUUUUAUCCAACCUGCUUGUCUUUCUCGCUGUAUGGGUACGCGGCAAUUCAGUAAGCCAUAUUCAAGCCUAUGCUGUCGUCCCGCUGCCAUUCCUUAUGAUCGCCUUCAAGAUCUACUGCAAGCGCGCCUUCGACGACAAAAUCCACUAUUAUACUUUGCGCAACAUUCAAGACCCCGAAGUCAGCCACGGCAAAAUAUUUUCCGACAAAAAGGACCGUCUUGCGAGCCGUUUCGGCCACCCAGCUCUCUACCGCCCUCUCAUCACACCCAUGGUCCACGCACGAGCCCAAAACAUCCUUGCAUCUGUCUACGGCGGCCGUCUCACAGACAGCAACAAUGCCUACUCUGGCGAAAGCACGUCUGUCUCAGGCUACAGCGAUACUUACGCCCUGGAUCCUAUGCAAGGCGGCCAACCGGGACGCACUAAAUCCUCUAAAAGUAUGCCGGGUUUCGAAAUAGUCCCUGAAAACAAACUCGACUUUUCAUACUUCAAAGGCAGAGCCGAGUUUGGAGAAGACCACGGUGGCGGCGGCGGGUUGUAUGGCAAAGCGGAAGAUAUUAUCCGUACCGAUACACCUGGUGCCUCUAGCGGUUACAGUGACUCUCGCCCCGGAACACCUGUAGGCGGUAUGAUGGGCCGCCAACGAGCACACACGCCCGCUAACAUGCCUGUAUCCUAUGACGCUUCCGGCGACAUCGGCUCACUGCGUCGACAUGACAGCCAAACGAAUCUCAUGCAUGCAGCAGCGGAAAUGCCGGUCGCGACGCCGGGAGGUCAUCAUAGGGACCUGAGCCAGGAUCGGGUUCAACAUGAAAGGGCUCCUGGGUUCUUUGGAGGUGGACCACAAGGGUAUGGCGGGCUGCCACAGCAUCCGGUUGAUGAGCAAGAGAAUGAUAAUGAUCCGACGAGUUAUGACUAUUUCAGGACGAGGAGGGCGGCCACGCAAAACCAGGGCGAGGUACAGGGACAGGUGCCGCAUGGGGGAUAUAGGGCAUUUAGUCCUUGA